AUGAAGCGCAGCAGCAGCUAUGACAUUCUGCCACCUGACAUGUCUGAGCUGAGGGUUGUUCUGCUGGGGAACAGCUGGUCUGAGAAGAGUUCAGUUGGGAACUUCAUACUGGGAGAAACUGUGUUCAACAAAGCACCUUCAGGCUGUGUGAGAAUCAGUGGACCACUGGAAGAGGAGAAGAAAUUAGUUGUCAUCAACACUCCAGAUCUGAUGUUUCCCAGCAUUUCUUCUAAAGAAGAGUUUUUAAAAGAAUGUGCGAAACAGUCAGAUCCUGGACCUCAUGUGUUCCUACUGGUUAUAAAGCCUGAAGACUUCACUGAGGAACACAAACUGAGACUCUGUACAGUUCUUGGAGAGUAUAGUGAUCAAUCAUUUGAUCAUUCACUGAUACUGAUAUCAACACCCAGAGAAGGAGGCUUAAGAUUCAUGAAGAAACAUGAGCAACAACCACCCUUAAAAGAGAUGAUCAGAAAGUGCAGAUACAGAUACAUGAUGCUGAACGACCUUGAACGUCCAGAGCUGUUAACACGUUUGGGGCAAAUUGCCAAAGAAAACAAUGGAGAACAUCUGAGCUAUGACGUGUUUGAAGACACAACAGCUACUUUACCGGGUGAUCAUCAGAGCCAGAAGAAAAGACCAACUCGUAUCUCAGAGGCUGAAACAGCAAAUAAAAACAAUGAACCCCCCCUGCCUCCAUGUGGACUCCUCAAACCAUCUUUAAACCUGGUUCUGUGUGGGAGGAAAGGAGCAGGGAAGACUUCAGCAGCCAAGGCCAUUUUAGGUCAGACAGAGCUUUAUUCAGUCUCCAACUCAUCAAAGUGUGUUAAACAUCAGGGAGAUGUGUGUGGACGUUGGGUUUCUCUGGUGGAGCUGCCUGCCUUGUAUGGAAAACCUCAGGAGGCAGUGAUGGAUAAAUCAUUCAGGUGUAUCUCCCUCUGUGAUCCUGAGGGUGUCCAUGCCUUCAUCCUGGUCCUACCUGUGGGUCCCCUCACUGAUGAAGACAAGGGAGAAUUAAAGACCAUCCAGAACAUGUUCAGCUCUCGAGUCAAUGACUUCACCAUGAUUCUGUUCACUGUGGAGUCAGAUCCUACAGCUCCAGCUGUUGAUGACUUUGUAAAAGAAAACAGAGAGAUCCAAGAGCUCUGUCAGAGCUGUGGAGGAAGAUAUGUUGUUUUCAACAUCAAGAACAACCAUCAGACCUCUGAGAUGUUUGCUACUGUGGAGAAGAUGAACACUGAAGGAUCCAGAUGCUUCACAAAGGACAUGUUCACCAAGGUUCAGAUGGAGAAGGUUACAAGACUUAAAGCUGAACUGCAAAAUAUGACACAAAGAAGUGAUGAUGAAAAUCAGAGCAGAGAGAGUCUCAGAAUAGUGCUGAUUGGGAAGACUGGCAAUGGAAAGAGUGCAACUGGAAACACUAUUUUGGGAGGAAAUCAUUUUAAAUCCGCAGGCAGCUCAAAAUCAGUGACCAAGUCAUGUCAGAAAGCAACAGGAGAGGUUGAGGGGCAGCAAGUUGUGGUAGUCGACACCCCCGGCUUAUUCGACACGACUCUGUCCAAUGAUGCCGUUCAACAAGAGCUUCUGAAAUGCAUCAGCUGGUUGGCUCCUGGACCUCAUGUAAUCUUACUGGUACUGCAGAUUGGUCGAUUUACAAAAGAGGAAAAAGACACUGUAGAGCUGAUCAAGAAAUAUUUUGGCAAGAAUGCAGGAGAAUUCAUCAUCAUCAUCUUCACCAGAGGAGAUGAUCUCAGUCAGUCAAUCAAGGAUUACAUUGAAGACUCUGAUGACUUGUUGAGAAAACUGAUAAAUGACUGUGGAGGGAGAUACCAGGUCUUCAAUAAUAAGAACCAGAAAGACCACACACAAGUCAGAGAGCUGUUGUCAAAGUCUAACAAAAUGGUGAAGGAAAAUGGUGGCAGUUGCUACACCAGUGAGAUGUUCCAAGAGGCCGAAGCAGCCAUACAGAAGGAAGUAGAGAGGAUCCUGGAGGAGAAGGAAGAAGAGAUGAAGAGGAAACAGCAGGAACUUCAAGCCAAACAUGAAGAAGAAAUGCAAAAUUUGAGAAGGAAAAUGGAAGAGAAGAUUUCAGAAAUUGACAAUGAACGAAAAGCAAAGGUGAAACAGCUUAAGGACAUGAAAGAAAAUAUCAAGAAGGAGGAAGAGGACAGAAUGAAAGAACAAGAAACAAGAAAUAAAGAGGACAAGGAGAAGAAAGAGCAGGAAGAAAUGAAACGAAAGGAGUGGGAACAAAAAUAUGAAGCUCUUGAAAUAAAAACAAAAUUUGAAUCAGAGGAAAAAGAAACCAGGCUGGAACAGAGUAGAGAAGAAAUGAGAAAAGAACGAGAGGCCUGGGAGAUAAAACAGAAAGAGUGGUGGGACAAACGAUAUCAAGAAGAUGAAGAGAGACGACAGGAGGAGCAGAGAAGAAUAAAAAAGCUCAAAGACGAAUAUGAUCAAGAAAGAGAAAAAUAUGAAAAGAAAAGAAAAGAAGACGAUCAAAUCAGGAAAGACCAGGAGGAGAAAGAGAAAAAAGAAUUAGAGGAGAACUACAAGAAGAAAAUGGAUGACAUGAAGAAGAAAUAUGAAGAGGAGGCCAGAAAACAGGCAGAAGAGUUCAAUGAGUUCAGACGGAAGUACACCACAGACUUUGCAGCGUUGGUAGACAAGCACAUGGAGGAAAUGCAGGAACUGAAGUGUAAACAGGACAGGCAAAUGCAAGAGACAGAAGGGAGGCAGAGCAAAGAGAUCCAACUGUUACAAAAUCUUUCAAGUCACAAAGAAAAACAUCUAAAAGGAGAAAUUGAUGAAUUGAAGAAAAAACAUGAUCAAGAAAUUCAAGAACUGAAACAGAAAUACAAAGACAAAUGUAUCAUCCUCUGA